GUGGACUGGGGAUACUGGGGGGCACUGGGAGGCACUGGGGGGCACUGGGGGAUGUGACAAUUGGAGUGGACUGGGGAUACUGGGAGAUACUGGGGGACACCAGGGGCCCUGUUGGACUUGGGGCCCCCCCCCGUGGGUUGGAGACCCCCCCCCAGCCUUGGGGUGCCGAUGACGAUCCACAACCUGUACAUCUUCGACCGGGCCGGCACCUGCCUGCACUACGGGGAGUGGCACCGGCGGCGCCAGGCGGGGAUCCCCCGGGAGGAGGAGUUCAAGCUCAUGUUCGGGAUGCUCUUCUCCCUCCGCUCCUUCGUGGGCAAGAUGAGCCCCACAGACAUCUCGGCGCGCAGGCGGGACGGCUUCGUCUCCUUCCAGACCAGCAAAUACCGGCUCCACUACUACGAGACGCCGAGCGGGCUGCGCCUCGUGCUCAACACCGACCUCAGCGUCGCCAGCGCCCGCGAGGCCCUGCACCACAUCUACAGCCACCUGUUCGUGGAGCUGGUGGUGAAGAACCCGCUGUGCCCCCCCCGGCAGCCGGUGCAGAGCGACCUCUUCCGCUCCCGCCUGGACGCCUUCGUGCGCAGCCUGCCCUUCUUCGGGCCCCGCCCCGCCUGACCCCCGGGGCACCCCAAAACCUGGGGGGCACCCCAAAACCUGGGGGGCACCCCCUAAACCCCCCCUGGUACCCCUAAAUCCCCCCCGGUACCCAUAACCCCCCCCCCCGGCACCUCUAAACCCCCAGGGUACCCUGAGAUCCCUGGGGGGGGACCUCUAAACCACCCCCUCUGGGGGGCACCCCAAAACCUGCGGGGCACCCCAAAACCGGGGGGGCACCCCUAAACCCCCCCCGGCACCUCUAAACUCCCAGGGCACACACCCCCCCCCCC